CGCGCGGGCGGCCGCUUUGUUCAAGGCAGGACCCGAGCGGGAAGAGGAAACUAGAAAGUGAAUCUGAUCCCCGACUAGGCGGAGUCCAGCUCCGGGAAACAGAAACUUCUGGAAGAGCUAGCUGAGUGGGCCCCGGAGCCGGCUGAGGAGUCGCAGUGAGAGAAUGAAAAUGUGGCUCUGGUGUUUGGUGGUCUGUUUGGUCCUUGGGACCCUGCAUUCCGAGGUAUCCAGAGGGGAGCUGACGCCUGUGGAUCCUGAAACAAAUAUGAAUGUGAGUGAAAUUAUCUCUCACUGGGGAUUCCCUAGUGAGGAACACCUAGUUGUGACAGAAGAUGGAUAUAUUCUUUGCCUUAACCGAAUCCCCCACGGGAGGAAGAACAAUUCUGACAGAGGUCCCAGACCAGUUGUGUUCCUGCAGCAUGGCUUGCUGGCAGAUUCCAGUAACUGGGUCACAAACCUGCCCAGCAGCAGCCUGGGCUUCAUUCUGGCAGAUGCGGGUUUUGAUGUGUGGAUGGGGAACAGCAGGGGAAACACCUGGUCUCAGAAACACAAGACUCUUUCAGUUUCUCAGGAUGAAUUCUGGGCCUUCAGUUACGAUGAGAUGGCAAAUUAUGACCUACCAGCUUCAAUUAACUUCAUUCUGAAUAAAACUGGCCAAGAACAAGUGUAUUAUGUGGGUCAUUCUCAAGGCACCACGAUAGGUUUCAUAGCAUUUUCACGGAUCCCGGAGCUGGCCAAAAAGAUUAAAGUGUUUUUUGCCCUGGCCCCCGUGGCUUCAGCCAGGUUUGCUACUAGCCCUCUAGUUAAAUUAGGACAAUUUCCAGAUCUUCUCAUUAAGGACUUAUUUGGGGUUAAAGAAUUUCUUCCCCAGAGUACAUUUGUGAAAUGGCUGAGUACGCAUGUUUGUACUCAUGUCAUUCUGAAGGAGCUUUGCGGAAAUAUCUUUUUUGUUCUGUGUGGAUUUAAUGAGAGAAAUUUAAAUAUGUCUAGAGUGGCUGUGUAUGCCACACACACUCCUGCCGGAACUUCUGUGCAAAAUAUGUUACACUGGAGCCAGCUGAUUAAAUUGCAGAAGUUUCAAGCCUUCGACUGGGGAAGUAGUGCCAAGAAUUAUUUUCAUUACAACCAGAGUUCCCCUCCCUCUUACAAUGUGAGAGACAUGCUGGUGCGGACCGCUGUUUGGAGCGGGGGUCAGGACUGGCUUGCGGACGUCAGCGACGUCAAUGUCUUACUGACCCAGAUCUCCAACAUGGUGUACCACGAGCACAUUCCUGAGUGGGAGCAUCUUGACUUCAUCUGGGGCUUGGAUGCCCCGUGGCGGCUCUAUAAUGAAAUGAUAAAUCUAAUGAGGAAGUAUCAGUGAACGCCAGACUGGAGACAUUUACUAUCAAGUCAUGUUAAAUUUGUUUGCUUAAUUUCUCUAAAUAUACUUGUUUUCCUUU